AUGUCGUGCGAAUACGACACCAAGAGAUACGCUCUCACGCGUGUUCGCCAGACUCAAAUCUUUCUUUCAGCCCUUUCUUUCCCGUAUGGACUCGCUUCCAUUCUGGUCACACACGGCAUAGCAGAGACAGCCUUACAAUUAACGCUCUUACUAUCAUCAGGCCUUUUUGCUACCGGUACAUUGUUUUACCAUCGUCUCAGCAAGCAAAGCAAGGCCAAACAUCAACACCCGAUCGCUGAAGUCGUCGCGGACGUUUUGUUCACAGUCCUAUUUAUAGUUCUCUGGAUUGUCGUCCUCAUACUAUGGGCCAAGCGACGUACCCCUUGGGGCAACCGCGUUGUGGAACAAGUUCCACAGAUGUACGCUCACUUUCUGACCUUCAUGCUAGGAGCGACGCAUUUCGUAGCAUUCGUCAAAGCUACAGCCCAUCACUACCGCUCAAUACGCGCUCGUCUGUUCGGUAGCAGAGUUACAUUUGUGCAAUGUCCAUCCUGCUCUCGAACUGCACAUGUAGAAGCCUCAGAAGGGUUGACCGGAAAUGCUACUUCUGCCAACUGGCGACGGUCCAAUCGGGAUAAGCUAGCCGAGGAUACUGAGGAUCCUGUUUUCGAUUUUUAUACCGAUGAGCCUUCGUCCUCUGCUAACCCAAACAUCAACCUUGCUGGUGAUGAACAGGAGCAGGGUGUAUUGUUGAGACCGUCGGAGGAGGAUGCUAGGCCUGUUGAUUUGGAGGGGUCUGGGGAUGCGUGA